ACUGACUGAUUGUAGUGUACGCGCGCAUGCGUCAGGCACGUCAUUCGGCCAUUGACUGGAUCCGAGUGUGCGUCGGUUGCAUGGUGUGUACCUACAUAUUACGUGGUAAUAAAACUUAUUUUAUUAAUCCCUGAACCCUAUAUAUGGCGACGAGUCAAAAGUAGCCUCAAAAUGACUCAAAGUACCUCAACACUAUCAUUGCCAAAUCUAGAUAAUUUCGACUGCAAUGGCGAUCCGGCAUCAGUUGGGUUACGUUGGCAAAAAUGGAAAAGAGCUCUUGAAAUUUACUUUUUGGCUGCUAAUAUUGAGAAACCAGGAAAAAAACGAGCAACACUUCUUCAUAUUGGAGGAUUAUCACUUCAAGAGGUUUACUAUAAUCUUCCUGGUGCACACGUUGAUGACAAGACUGACGUCGAUGUUUAUGCAAUAGCCAUUGAUAAGCUAAAUUCAUAUUUCGCUCCAAAACAAAGCCGAAUUUAUGAGAGAUACAUAUUUCGGCUGAUGAAACAAGAAGAAAACGAAAAUUUUGAGAGAUUCUUAUUAAAGCUACGGGAACAAGCUGAAAAAUGUCAGUUCAAAGACAAAGACGAACAUUUGAUCGAUCAAAUCACAGAAAAGUGUAGAUCAAUGGAGUUAAGGAAGAAGAUAUUAGAAAUUGGAGACUCUGUAACGUUAGACCAAGUAAUUUCAAAAGCCAAUGCAUUAGAAGUGGUAGCUAGACAAUUGGAUCAAUUUAAAAAUAUAGAAAAUCCUCAGUUUGAUAAAGUAGAAGUUAACAAGAUCAUCGCAAAGAAAGUAAAUAGUAAACUGUCUUAUGGAACACGAUCUUCAGACUCGGACUGCUCCAGAUGUGGCAGUAAGAGGCACUCAUCUAAUGAUACGAAUUGCCCUGCAAAAGACAAACGAUGCCUAAAGUGUGGAUUCAUAGGCCACUACAAAGAACAAUGUAGGACUGCGAAGAAGCGACGUUUUACAAACAAUAAGUCAGAAACGGUAACCAAAAAACCUAAAUUGGAUUCGAAGAAAGUGGACGGGCGUUCUGAAAUUGACUAUAUUUUUCACUUGGAUGAGGACGAAACUAUUCAGUGUACAAUAGGUGGAAUAUGCGUAGCAAUGUUGAUAGAUUCUGGCAGCAAAUGUAAUGUAAUUACCGAUAAAACCUGGCAAUACCUCAAAAAUAACAAGGUUCAAGUAUCUAAUAUGAAUAAGAAACCAGACAAAAUACUAGUACCUUAUGGCAGUAAAGAUCCAUUGGAAAUAAUAGGUGCAUUUGACGCGAACAUUUCGACCAACAGUAAAUGCAUAACUUCUACUUUGUAUGUUAUUAAAAAUGGCACACGCGAUUUAUUAGGAAAAUCUACUGCCAUACAACUAGGAGUUCUCCGAAUUGGUCUUCAAAUUAACGCUGUUCAGGCCAAUUUGACUUCGGAAGUAGUCUUCCCAAAGUUCAAAGGGGUAACUGUCCAGAUUCCGAUUGAUAAAAAUAUAAAACCUGUCAUCCAGCCGUAUAGAAGAGUUCCAAUUCCGUUGGAAGAGAGAGUUGACAAAAAAUUGCAAGAACUAAAAGAUGCUGACAUCAUCGAAGAAGUAAAUGAACCAACUAAGUGGGUGUCUCCAAUGGUCCCUGUACUCAAAGAGAAUGGUGAGGUAAGGAUUUGCGUUGAUAUGAGACGAGCGAAUGAAGCCAUAAUUAGAGAAAACCACCCGCUCCCGACUAUGAACCAACUAUUACCGAAUUUUCGCAAGGCACAAUACUUUUCGAAACUUGACAUAAAAAAUGCUUUUCACCAACUAGAAAUUGAAGACGACUGUAGAUAUAUUACGACGUUCAGUACUAGCAAGGGUUUAUUUAGGUAUAAGAGGUUGAUGUUUGGCAUAUCGUGUGCCCCAGAGAUGUUUCAGAAAAUCUUAGAAAAGUUAUUGCUCGGUUGUGACGGUACCUUUAAUUUUAUAGAUGACAUAAUUAUCUAUGGUUCAACAGAACUAGAACAUGAUCAAAGGUUACGCAAGGUGUUGCAAGUCCUAAAAGAUAAAGACGUUCUAUUAAAUGAAAAUAAAUGUAUUUUUAAAACGCAAAAAAUUGAAUUUCUCGGUCACGAACUUUCAGCUAACGGAGUUAAACCCCUCAAAAAAUAUUUAACAGCUAUCCAAUCUAGUAGAGAACCAAAUACUACCGCAGAGAUUCAAAGUUUCCUUGGGUUAGUUAAUUUUGUAGGAAAAUGGAUACCUAAUUUAGCAACCCUUACGGAACCUUUACGAGCAUUAUUGCGACUGGGAUUAGGAAAGAAAGCAAACAUAGAAAGACAUUGGACAUCUGAGCAGGUGAAGGCAUUUAAGUCUUUAAAAUAUAGCUUGUCCAACAUACAUAGUUUAGGCUACUAUGAUGCUUCUGAUAGAACACAAGUUAUUGCGGAUGCUUCACCUGUAGGUUUGGGUGCCGUACUGGUUCAAAUUGGUGAAAAUGGCCCAAGAGUUAUUGCUUAUGGCCAUAAAUCUCUUACGAAUUGUGAAAAAAGAUACUGCCAAACAGAAAAAGAAGCAUUAGCAUUAGUUUGGGCGGUAGAACAUUUCAAAAUUUACUUAUUUGGUAAAGAUUUUGAGCUCAUAAGUGAUCACAAACCAUUGGAAACAAUAUUUGGACGCACAUCAAAGCCUUGUGCUAGAAUCGAACGGUGGGUACUAAGACUACAAGGUUAUAGGUAUAAAAUUAUCUACCGACCGGGUAGAUCUAAUAUAGCUGAUACUAUUUCUAGACUUUGUAAUUCUACCGAGGCCCAACCAUUUGAUAGUGAAAAUUAUAUAAACCAAAUAAUUGAUUAUAGUAGACCUGUAGCAAUACCGCUAAAUAAAAUUAAAGAAUCUUCUGCAACAGAUGAUGAAAUUUUAAAAGUUAGGAAUGGUAUUUCUAGUAACAUUUGGCAUGAAUCUAUUGGUAAUUAUAAAAUAAUUCAAAGUGAACUUUGUUUUAAUGAUGAAAUUUUACUGCGAGGUACUAGAAUAGUCAUUCCUAAUAAUCUCCGUCAGAAGGUUUUAGAGGCAGCCCAUGAAGGGCAUCCUGGAAUAGUUGCCAUGAAGGCCCGUCUCCGAACAAAGGUGUGGUGGCCUAGAAUCGAUAAAGAUGUUGAAUGUGUAGUAAAAUCUUGUCGAGGUUGUACACUCGUUUCAAAUCCUACUCCACCACAUCCAAUGAAGAGACGAGUACUUCCUGAUGAACCAUGGGUCGAUGUAGCGGUUGACUUUUUAGGCCCCCUUCCUAGUCGUGACUAUUUACUGAUACUUGUCGACUAUUACAGUAGAUACAAGGAGAUAAAAGUAAUGCGAAGUAUUACUACCGGUGAUACAAUUAAAGUACUGAAAGAAAUUUUUUCUAGGUUAGGCUAUCCGGCAACGCUGACUUGCGACAACGGGAGUCAGUUUUCGAGCGAAGAAUUUAAAAAUUACUGUAUAGAAUGUGGCAUUAUUAUCUAUAACACAAUUCCAUAUUGGCCACAAAUGAAUGGAGAAGUCGAAAGGCAAAAUAGAGAUGUUUUGAAAAGACUCAAGAUAAGCCAGGCAGAGGAAAAGAAUUGGAAGGAAGAAAUUUUUAGAUAUUUAAUGAUGUAUAAUAGUACCCCACAUUCAGUUACAGGAAAAUCACCUUCAGAAUUAUUUUUUAAACGUCAAUUCCGUGACAAAAUUCCUACUGCACCUGAUAUAGAAUAUAGGACAAGAGAUACAGAAAUUAGAGAUAGAGAUGCAGAAAUGAAGGAAAAAGGGAAAGAUUACAGCGAUAGGAAAAGAAAAGCCGCAGAGAAUAGUUUAGAAAUUGGUGAGAAAGUUUUGGUAAAAAAUAUAAUAAAAGAAAAUAAAUUAACUACAAAUUUCAGCCCAGUCGAGCACUGUGUUACUAAUGUCAAUGGUGGUGACGUUACGGUGAGGAACGAGGAAACCGGCAAAGAAUACCGCCGUAACAUCGUCCACUUAAAAAAAGUGAAUGAUACGUGGACUGUUGUGGAUCAAAAUAGUAAUAAUGAAGUUGUUAAUAAAUAGUUUGUAAUCGCCAUGUUUAAAUAAUUGUAAUGCCUAAUGAUUAUUUUAAAAUAUGGUUGUUCUAUAAUUUAAUUUUGUUAACAAUGUCGAUUGUAUGAACUUUAAGUUACAUUUUAAAAAAUAAAUAAAGAAGGGAUGUAGUGUACGCGCGCAUGCGUCAGGCACGUCAUUCGGCCAUUGACUGGAUCCGAGUGUGCGUCGGUUGCAUGGUGUGUACCUACAUAUUACGUGGUAA